AUGGAUGCUGAUGGGUGGGCUGGGCAGCUCGUGCGGCGCGAGGCGCUGGUGUGGAGGCAGCUCCGCCACCCGUUCGUGCUCCCGUUCCUGGGCAUCGACCUGGAGUCGUUCGACCAGGUCUCGCUCGUCUCGCCAUGGAUGGCCAACGGGAACAUCAGGGACUAUCGCGGGAGCCAGGCUCUCACUGCGCAGGACAUUCACCGACUGCUCCAAGAAGUCGCGCUGGGCCUGCAGUACCUCCACAACCAGAACGUCGUCCACGGCGACCUGCGCGGCGGCAACAUCCUCAUCGACGCCGACCACAAAGUGCGCCUGGCCGACUUUGGGCUGUCCGUGCUGGCCGAGGCGACGCGCGGCGCGUACACGUCGGCCAGGCAGACGGGCUCGGUGCGCUGGCUCGCGCCGGAGCUCGCGGACCCGCACGCGGCGACGUGGCGCAAGACGCGCGCGAGCGACGUGUGGGCGUUCGGGUGUGUGUGCCUCGAGGUGUGCACGGAGCGCUCGCCGUACGCGUACGUCCCGCACGACGCGCUGGCGCUCCUCGCGAUCGUGGCCGGGCGCGCGCCCGCGGAGCGCCCGGACGCGCUGGGCAUGAGCGCGGCGCUGUGGGAGAUGUGUCUGCGCUGCUGGGCGCCGGACCCCGCGCAGCGGCUCGGCUCGGGGGAUCUGGUGAUGGAGAUGGGGAAGGUGCGGUUUUGGCGGGGGUGGGGAGGGAGCGGUUCUGACGGGGUAGGAGCUGGGAGGUGA